AUGACAACGUCAACUAAGGGUAAAAAGCAAGAAAAAGGAGCAAACGGUAGAUAUAUGUUUCGUGAUACAUCCAGAACACUAGAAGUUCUUUCUAUUCAUGCUGAACUACAAACAAGUAAAGAGUAUUGCUCUAAUCCAUAUUACCGUGCUAUUACUAAAAAAGAAAAUAUACCAACUCCUCCAUGGAUUCCUCUACUCUCUGAACACCUUAUAUAUAGUUGGGAAAUUUAUGAAAAUGUGGAAAUGUCUGAACUUAUAUAUUCGGGAGUAAAUUCUGAUUUUUUUGUAAGCAUGAAAAAAUACAUAAAACUAUCAGGAGAAAUCUCUAUUCCUGACGUUCUUAGUUUGCGUGAUCCUAAUAUAAUUUAUGAUUUACAAUUAAAAGUAAACUCAAUUUAUCCACAUCUUUUUAACAUUACUGCAACUAAAUCUCAAAAUAAAAUUGCUAAGUUAACUACUACUAUGCAAAAGAAAGGAGAAAAACUACUAAAAAAAGUAUCAGUAAUCUCCCAACCGCCAAUAAUUUGUCAUGGAAUUGAAAUCAAAAAACCAGGAAUGCAAUUAACUCCAGAAGCAACUUUAGCACUUGCAGUUGAAUAUGAAGCUUUGAAAAAAUUAGAAGACACAUCACGUAAACAGAUCAAGCGAGCUAAAACCAAUAAUGAAUAUAUGAAAAACUUGAAAUAUAAGCUACAUGAAGAAAAAGAUCAAGAAUUAUUAAAUAAUUGGAUACAAAAAACAUUAGAGAAAACGAAUAUUGAAUCUACUAUAUUCGUUAGUACAGAUCAAAUCGGUCAUAAUCUUCAAAUUAAAAUUAAGUGUAAGAUCUGUCAAGGAAUUACGGAAUAUAGUAAUGAAUCACUUAAUGCACAAUUCUCUUCUCUUGCAGCAGGUGCAGGACUUGUUGGUGGCGUUAAUAGGCAACAACUACAAACUAUAUUUUCUAUAAUAGGUAUAACAGCACAAUCAUCAAAAGGUCAUUAUCAUAAUAAACAAAAUGAAUAUUUGGAAAAAAUAAAUGAUGAAGCGGAGAUAAGUGCACAAAUUGCAUUAACUAAAGCUAUUGCACAUAUUAAAGCAAAAGGAAAAAGAAUAUUACACACUAGUUUUGAUUGCUCUUGGUCUCACUGUCAGAAUGCAAACCAGGCUAGUGGAGAACUAAUAUAUCAAGGAAAUCUUGAUGGAUAUGAUCACAAACCUGUUAUUGCUUUUGCUACUGCUGAAAAACCACGUAAAUUAAAAAAAAGAAAUGGCCAAGAAUAUGAGGUUUUUCAUGGCAAUCAUGAAAAGACAUCACGGCAAAUGGAACAUGCAAUAUUAUUACGAAUUAUUGAAAAAAUUGUUCCAGUAUUAGAAGCAGCUGAAGUACUUUUAGAUAUUGAAGUAGAUGGUGAUCUAAAUUCAAAUAAGACUUUAAAUAAUAUUCCAUGUGUGAGCAAAGUAUAUGCGGAUUUAAAACAUAUUGGCAAAAAUAUUAGAUCCAUAUUUGGUGAUUAUGAAGAGAUGUGA